AUGGAAUAUUACCUCCAAACCCAACUCGAGAUAUGGAUGAUCAUCAAAACUGACAUCCUACUCCCACUCGACGGCACUGGAAAACCAGUAUCUUGUGAGAACUGGGACGCAAGUCUGAUAAAGAAGGUCGAGGCCAACGCUAAAGUGACAUGCACUCUUCAAUGUGGUUUAACAAAGGAGGAGCUAAACCGAGUAGGGUCAUUCUCAAGUGCGAAAGAACUAUGGGAGAAGCUGAUCGAGCUCCAUGAGGGAACUUUCGACAUGAAAGAUGGUGAAUCUGCGAGUCAACUACAUGCACGUAUCCAAGACCUUCUCAAUAGUCUCCAUGCAAUUGGACAAAAGAUGGAAAAUCGCGACAUUAUCAGGUACAAGCAGAAUGUAGGAAGCAAAAGCAAAGCAUAG